AUGGAUGCAAGCAGUGAAAAGCUGUUAAAGGUGGACUAUGAGGUGAUGAAGGUGGAGAACGCUGAGCUGCGCAAACGACUGCUGAAGGCCCUGCGUGCACUCAGUACUGCCCGCAGCGGCCAAGCACCGUCCAAGAAGCAGCGUGUGGAAGAGAAGGAGAAGGAGAAGAAAAAGGAGAAGGAGAAGCCUAAAGAGAAAGCCAAAGAAGCCAAGGCGAAGGACAAAGAUCCACCGCGGGAAAAGCCCAAGGAGACCGAAAGGGAGAGGCCCGACAAGCCACAGCAGCCGCAGGUGCAAGAAGAAUCUGAACCGGGUGAACCGGGCAUGAACGCUGUGAUGUUGGCCAACGCCCAGAUGGAGGCGUACAAUGAGCCCAUUGCUGCUGAUCUGCCGAAAGAGCAGCGAAGCAAAAUGCUGGAGGAAAAGCUCAAACGCUUCAUGGAUUAUUUCCAGGAGAACGUGCAGAUCAUGGAUCUCAAGAGCGGUGGUGUCAUCGUGAAGGGCAAGAUGUUUGCCAAGCGUUUCGGUUGCGUCUUUCGUGAGUCUGGCGAAGAGCUCCAAGGGCAAAGCACCAAGCGCUUCUAUUUCGACUCUAUUUCGCCCACCUAUUGCUUGGACUUCGAAUUCCACGAGCACCUGGUCACUGCCCAGCCUGGCACGCCACCGGAUGGCCGUCUCGGUGUGCGAGAGCCACGGUCCGAGCGAUUAGUGGUGCUCUAUGAAGAGAAGGACGGAAAGAUCUCUCGGAUGUGGCUCCGCCCUGAUGCGGAGAACGUGGGUGGAAACCCGACCGCCGAGGAGAAGGACAUCAUGGCCACAGAGAUUUACAAAGAUUUUGAGGCGAAAUUGAAGGAGUUGAAGGGCACGGAAGAUCUCGGAGAGCGCAUCUUCCACAAUUACCACGACAUCCCGAGCGUCGGAUGA